CCCCCAAAAAUUUUACUUAUUUAUAUCCACCGCCUACUAACCUUCAUUAUCUUCUCCCCCAUUUCUUCCCCCCUCACACAUCAAAUCAACCCCACUUGUUGAAAUCGAACAAACCCUCCAUAGAUUAAUCAAUCAAUCCCUCCCAAGCAUGUGGAUUGGUUGAAUUCUCCGAUCAUUUUCAUGGGCGAGGAAGUUAAAAUCGACGACGGCGUCGCCGAGUGGGAGGCGGGGCUUCCAUCCCCCGACGAUCUGACGCCGCUCUCUCAGUCCUUGAUCCCGGCCGAAUUGGCGUCCGCGUUCAGCAUCUCGCCGGAGCCUAGGCGGACUGAAAUUGACGUCAAUCGCGCCUCACACAGUACACUUUCUUCCCUCCGCGGCGGCGGCGGCGGUGCCGCCGCCGCCGCCGCCUCCACUUUCAAGCCGUUCGGCGGCGGCGAGGGGGACGACCACGCGGUGGAGGAGGCAGAGACUGAGGAAGGAUCCGAACCGAAGAAGAGCCGGAUGGUGGACUCCGCCGACGAUUUGGCGACGGACAGCUGCGCCGACGACCAGUCAACGGCGGGGGGGAAGGCUCUGAAGAGGCCGCGGCUGGUGUGGACGCCGCAGCUGCACAGGCGGUUCGUGGACGUUGUGGCGCACUUGGGGCUGAAGAACGCGGUGCCGAAGACGAUUAUGCAGCUGAUGAAUGUCGAGGGUUUGACCAGGGAGAAUGUGGCGAGCCAUCUGCAGAAGUACAGGCUGUAUGUUAAGAGGAUGCAGGGGCUGUCGAACGAAGGCCCCUCCCCCUCCGAUCACUUGUUUGCUUCCAUACCCGUGCCGCCGCAAAGCUUCAACGAGUCCUCCAUAGGCGAUGGGAACAACGGAAUCGCCAACGGGAGUCAUAGCAGUGUUGGUAAUGCAAAUAGCGGGAACAAUAACAUCGGAAUGCCGAUUCCGAUGCCGAUGCCGUACCAUCCGCCCCCGCAGCAGAUUAUGCCAAUGCAGAUGAUGGGAAUGGCAGCUCACGGGCAGCACGGAUUUCACGGGUACGACCAUAACCACCACCAUUCGCAGCAGCAGCAGCAGUACAGUAGUAUGGUGCAGCAGCAAAGGGACUGGUCUGGAAAUAAGUACAAUGCUUAUCCACAUCAUGUAACUCAGAAUCAUAACAAAUGUUAGCAAUGUCUUUCAGUAGUGGAAAAUAAAGGUGAAACCCUGCUUUAAUGGUUGCUGGUUCUGCCUCGAUCGAUUGUUGUUGUUGUUGUCCGGCUUUUGUUGUUUGUGAUUUGCUUCUGCUGAUUUUUAAAAUUGGAAUACAGGGGUCUUGGUGAAUUCAUUUGCUAGGAGUCUAGGACUUCUCUGUUAGCAAAUUAUGAUUUUUUUAGUUAUGGAAUAACUACUUGUCUUGAUCUAUUACAUGAUAUUCGAGCUGUAGAUUAUAUACAAUCUUUUCAAUUUGUCUGA